GCAGAAGAGGCAGCAAUGAGCUUGUUGGGCGUGUCUUCGGCCGGGUUACAGCAGUUCAAGGACUCCCUUGUCGCGCAGUUCCCAGACACGGCUGGCAAAAUGACCACCCACGAUGCCUGCAAGAACUUUGUCAUGCCUAAGACCAAGGAGCAGUGCUGCGCCUACGUGGAGCGGAUGGACCCCAACCAUGUGGCCAAAGCAACCGUGUUUGUCUCCCACGCUUGGCGAUACAAGAUCGUCGACGUCCUCGACACUUUACUCGACUAUGCCAAGGAAGAACACCAAAAGGGCAACCCAGAGCCUUGGUUCUGGUUCGAUCUCUUCACCAACAACCAAAACAUCGCCGCCAACCUCCCACAAGACUGGUGGAGCACGACGUUUAUGAAGUCAAUCAAAGCGAUUGGCCGCGUGCUGUUGGUGUUGACACCGUGGCACGACCCCGUGCCGCUCACACGCGCAUGGUGCCUGUGGGAGAUCUUCUGCAGUGCGAGCCAGGAGGGGGUGGAGCUGGCCAUUCGGCUGCCCAGUGCGCAGCGCAACGCAUUGCGACACGCGCUCCUUAACGAACACAACGCCAUCACCGCAGCCAUGGUGCGUGUCCAAGCUGAACGGGCCCAGGCCUGGGACCAAAAGGACAAGAACAUGAUCUUCCGUGCCAUCAAGAACACAGUGGGCUUCCCGCACCUCAACAGGAUGGUGAAGGACCGCAUGCGACAGUGGUGUUUGGAGCAGGUGAUGCAGUUUGUACACGAUGUCGAACAGGCCAUGCACAACCCCAGUGACAGCAACACCACCACCGACACGACCACACCGACCACCAGCAACGACAGCAGCACACCCACUGCCAGGGGCCUCACGCGUCUGCUCGGCGACCUAUGCUUUCGGGCAAGCCAGGUGAUGUGCACCUUUGGCGAGAACGACAAGGCCAUCGACCUGUGUGAGAAGAGCCUGGCUGCCACGCGUGCGCACUACGGUGACACACACCCGAACGUCGCUUCGUGUUAUUCGCAGCUGGGAGCUGUACUGCAUCGCGUAGGCAAGAUCGAGCGAGCCCUUGAGUGCUGUCAGCGCAGCACGCACAUGUAUGAGGAGACCAACACCGACAACAGCCUCUCAGCAGCCAACGCCUACUCCACGCUCGGCGACACGUACCAGCGGCUCAACGACCUGGACAAGGCCUUGGACGCGUACAAGCGCUCGUUGCAGAUCAAGGUGGACGCGGCGGGCCCACGCCACGCGUCCACCGCGCUCGCAUACAACUCGCUCGGGCAGGUGUACAAGGCCAAGGGCGACGGGGACGAGGCGAUUGCGCACUUUGAGAAGGCGUUGGAGAUCAGGCUGGCCACCGUGGGGAAGAACCACCCGGAAACAGCCAUCACCUACAACGACAUUGCAAACGCGUAUUCUGCCAAGGGCGACCGAGAGCGCGCCAUCGAUUACUUGCACAGGAGCUUGGAGAUCAAGGUGUGCACGCUUGGGGAGAAGCAUGCCGAGACAGCUGCCACAUACAACAACAUCGCCAUUGCGUACAGCAAGAUGGGCGAACACGACAAGGCGGUGACAAACGCCCGCAAGACGGUUGAGAUUUGCAUGGCUGCAGUUGGUCCAAAACACCCGCACACACAGCUGGCUUUGAAGACGCAGAAGUGGGUGCAAGACAGGAAGCACCAACAACAAGAACAACAAGAACUACAACCACCACCGCCGCCUCCGCCGCCUCCGCCGCCUCCACCACAAUAGGCUUGUUGUGUGUGUGUGUGUGUGUGUGU